GCUCUUCUUGCGGGAAUUUUCUUGGCUCAUUUACUUGACAUUUUCCACCGCCAUUAGACGUUUGCGCUCUUCCGUUCCUUACCUCCCGUUCGCCGGUCGUCGUUCACAUCCACCUGGGUGCCCGCCUCGCCUCUCACCACCAUCUACAACUAUUGACAGGUUGUCGAACUAUCAAAGUUGCCCAAUUUAGUCCAGACCCUGGACCAACUUUAGGCUCUGUAAAGAUUGUUUACGGUCCAUCGUUUUAGUCACUCUCUUGACGAACGGCUAUUCUCUUUCAACCUCAAUUUGAAGACGGAUCUGUUUCGUCAUUUUUUGACAUUUCCCUCUGCCAACCGACACGAAACUGGCGAGCGUCAAAGAAUUUUGGUUCGCAAUUGUCUGGGAAAACAAACCAAAUUCUCCGCCUUUCAUCUCGACUACGCGGUCCUAAUCGAGAAAGCGCUUUCAAGUCCUCGCUCCGAGCAGUGCUGGCCAGGCUGACGAAGAGCUUGUAUCACGCCGCUUAGCGAGUUCACCGAGGCGCGUAUUCGCCGCUGGUUCCUCCUGUGCAUAUUCCAAACGCAACCCUCGUACCAGCGCCUCCAUGCCGAUGCAAGUGUAUGAAGAAAGUGUCUCGGCGUCGGAUAGUCCGUCAUGGGGAAGUGUGAUAGCUCAAGGAGCUUUGCCCGACCAAGAAUGCGGAGUGCCAUAUCAAAGGGUCAUGGAAUUUAUCUCAAAAAUCGGUCAAGUAGUACUGCGUGCCCGUGUAGCUGUUCGAGACGAAAGCAAAGUUAGUCUGCAGCAGCGACAACUCCAGGAGCAGCAACGCAGGAUAGAUUUAAAGUUGGCUGCCACUGGCAUGCAUCGGCCACCGCCAGUACCUUCCGCUACUCGACCUCCAGGUCAUCAUUUCGAUUCAGCCUCUGUUACGCACAAUGCCUUGUUGACUUUGCUGCGGCAUACUGAAUUUUGGCGAACCAGCAUGCCGGUCAACGUAGACAUUUACCUUGGAGAGAGUCGGAUCUUGUUGGAGCGAUGGGUUAUAUCAUACGAAUCUAGUGAGCAGAUAACCUCGACUGAGGACAGCUCGUCGUUCGUUGACAAACGACGGGAGGAUUUGACGGACUUGAUUCUUCUUGUCCAGUCGCUUUACUCGUACAUUCGGCUGAUGCCACUGCACGCAAUUUUAACAGAGGGAAAGGUUGACAAACAUGAUCUCCGCUACUGCAUUUCAACGGCGGAUGGAUAUCCGCUGUCUCCUGUGUCAGAUGAUGAGGACGAUACCGAUGACCAUCUUCGCGCGGAGUCACGUUCUACAGCUUCUGAGCGAUUGGACUAUUUUACACCUGCACGCAAUAGUCAUGGAUUGUCGCUUCCGAUAGUAGCCUUUGAUGCGGCUGCCAAAUUGAAAGUCUAUAAAUUUCGGUCCGCUUCAACUGGGUCUCAUGGAAAGUUGCAUUUGUCGGCGGUUUAUGAUUCGAGUGUUGCGGGCAUGAUCGCAGUUGGUGGCAGGCGAGCAGCAAGUCCUGUGAAGUCACCAGUGAAGGCUGGGUCGCGCCCAGAAAGCGGUCAUGCAAUGAAGAGUACGUCAGAGGGAGACUUAACGGCUGGGAAACCAAAGGAUGACUAUUCUGUUGGAAAACCCCCACGACCAUCUUCGGAACCUCCUCGCGGUCGUCGUAGCUCAUCAUCACUUGGCAGUCCUUUUCCCAGCCCUACCAUGCAGAGACGUGUUUUAGGGUUGGCCCAAUGGAAACUGUCGAGUACUGAGCGCCCAAGACCUGUUUCCGGUUUGGGAUUGUCAGAUAGCGCGCGGCAGGUUACCGAAGGCGGUCUGUUGUUCUCAGGGACAAACUGGGCCGCUGGGACUCCUGGUGCAACGCCGGAGCUGCCAGUAGAACUCAGCACUCAAGGUCCUGAGAAGGCAGACCACUCCGAUCGUUCAAGGCCAGUGGGAAUACCUUUUGCGGAACCCAUUCGGGAUGGUCAAAGUCCACCCAAGAAUCGUAAACCAGAUCUUCGCCUCCAAAUCCCUACCAUAACAACAACUGCACCCAUCGACCAUCUGGACGACAACAACAUCUCACGCACUGCAACUACAACAACCCUCCGUUCCAUCAACAUUCCUCUAUCGUCGUCACGUCCGUCAUAUCCCCAUCUCUUCGCGUCCCAAUCUAGUAGCACAACUCCGUCGGAACUUUGCGGCUCAUUCGUCGGGUCAUAUGAAGAGUCAAUCCUCUCUGGGAGAAUGUCCACUCUACCCUCAAAACCGAUUCGUUUCCAAGCUGAAAUUGGUGUGGUUGGAUUCGGAAAAUGUGCAUCCAGAAGCCUACGUUGUCCUCCGCAUGUUAGUGUCGAGUUUGAUGCGUUUUUCUACGAGGUUGGGGAGGAUGAAGUGUUAACUCCGUAUGUGGGAUUUGUGGAAAUCGGGGAAGCAAAACGUAAAAGGGAGAAGGCCGAUGACGGUGGUGCGGGAGAUGCGAAUGGUCAAGAUGAAGACAAGAAACGUGAAUCAAAGACUAAAAUCAGCGGCUAUAGGAUUCCACCCAAGGGUCAAUUGCAAAUCUUGAUAAAGAACCCAGCACGAACAGCCAUCAAACUCUUCCUCCUCCCCUACGACUUUCAGGACAUGCCUAACAAUAGCAAGACUUUCCUCCGCCAAAAAUCUUACACUGUCCCAUCUGCCACUUCCGCUUCAUCCAAGUCUCCCAAUGUACAAUCCGAUCAUCAUCCCCACCCUCAUCUCCGCUACGCUAUUCAUGUACCCGUCUUCCGAACAGAGAAAGGUCGAGUGUAUGUCGGACCGUCUUUGAGAGUGGUGUUCUCGCAUAGGGCGCUGGAUGGGGAUGAGAAAGUUUUGGUUGUCAGUGAGGAUCUGGGUGUCGGCGAUGGCAAGUAUGUCAAGGAGGCUGCUGCGAGCAAGCUUGAUUCCUGCAGGGAGAAGCAGACUACCGAGGAGGGAGAUAAAGUAUGGCAAAGUGGCUUUCGAUGAAAGGGUGUGAAGUGCUAGGUUGGUUGGAUGGCUGAUACACAGACCUGCGUCCUUGGUGGACGUAGUGCUUUACGAGGGAUACCACUUUCUUCUCGCCCCCCUCCUUUCAUCUUGUAGUAUUCAUGCAAUACCCCCAGCUGAUAUUUUUUUGAGUAUAAUCUGUUUCGAAGUGCUGCAAAAGGGUUGUAUAUAAGAUUUGCCUCAACAGAGUCCGAUUGGAGCUUAAUAGUGUUAUCAACUAGAGGUUUAUUUUAUUAUACAAGAAAAGAACAAGUGAACA